UCAAGCUUGCUUUUUCUCCUCCACGAAGAGGUUUUAUAAAGUUAAGCGCAUGAAAAGAAUAUAUGGAACAUCCUUCCAGGGAUAUCCGCUGGCCGGGAUUCGUGGCCGGGGUUUGGAGAAGGCACAAUGGCGGGGGAAUGAGCGUCGCCAUGGUCUCCUCCUGGAGCCCUAAUCCUCCUCCUCUCCUUCGCUCGUCACUCCCACAUUUGCGAGCUCCGGCCGGGAUCGCCCCGAGAAAUCCAGCGCUCCCGAUCAUCGGCGCGGCCUUCUUGAAUCCCUCCUCCUCCUCCUCCAAUCGCCCAAAGCUCCCCGGGCGCGGCAGGGAUUCCACCCGAAGGAGCCUGGUACGUCUCUACUGCUCGCGCUCCUCGCGCUGCCUCACCAUAAUCUGCCUCACAUCGCUCGUCGCGGCGCUCGCCCGGAUCGCAUCGCUGCUCGUCUCCCUCGCGGACAGGAUAUUUAGGUCAUCGCCCAGCGCCGCGCCCAGCGGGAAUCUCCUCGCCAAUGGAUCGUCGCCGCUGGGAAUGGCGCUGCUCAGCACCUCCGCCAUGGCCAGCGCGCAUCUCAGCCCCAUGAUCGUCACGCUCCGGGCGAAUCCCACCUUCAUGUCCGGGCUGGUGGCGUGGAUGGUGGCGCAGGCGAGCAAGGUGCUCACCACCUACGUGGUGUACCGACGGUGGGAUUUGAGGAUGCUGGUUGGAUCGGGCGGCAUGCCGUCGUCCCACUCGGCUCUUUGCCUCGGGCUCACCACCUCGGUGGCGCUCUCCCAUGGCGUCGGGGACGCCUUGUUCCCGGUUUGCCUCGGGUUUAGCCUCAUUGUCAUGUACGAUGCCACGGGAGUGAGACGCCAUGCCGGAAUGCAAGCCGAGGUUCUCAACAUGAUCAUCAAGGAUCUCUUCCAGGGGCAUCCCGUGAGCGAGAAGAAGCUCAAGGAGCUACUAGGGCACACUCCUCUCCAGGUGGUGGCGGGUGCUUUGGUGGGAAUCUUGGUUGGAUGGUGGUGCUGUUUAACUCCCCGUUAAACUUUAAAGCUCUUGGAGAGGAAACAUUGUCCACUCCUCAGCUUACAUGGCAUUUCUUGUGAUUGUGAGAUUCUGCCAAAACAACAUAGAUUUGCUACAAUAUAUUUUACAUCUUGUGCC